ACACUUGAGUGAGUGAGUGAGUGUCAGUGGACGACAGUAGAGUUGGAUGUAAGCGAUUAAUAUUAUCGAUUAGAAACUGUCGAUACGAGCCUCGUUUCAAGCGGAAUCCUGCAAUACCGGCCACCGCACACACCGUGGCAUGGGAAACGGCAUUAAUAAGGUUCUGCCUGACCUGUACUUGGGUAAUUUCAAAGAUGCCAGAGAUCGUGAGCAGUUGGCCAGAAACAACAUCACACACAUCCUCUCCAUCCACGAUACUGCAGCGCCCAUAUUACAGGAGAUGACUUAUCUGUGUAUCGCAGCAGCAGAUUCGCCCACACAGAACCUCAUCCAGCACUUUAGGCAGAGCAUUGCGUUCAUUCACCAAUCUCGACUGAAAGGGGAAGGCUGUCUAGUUCACUGUUUGGCAGGAGUUUCCCGUAGCGUGACGCUGGUGGUGGCCUACAUCAUGACCGUCACCACGCUGGGCUGGCAGGAGGCUCUGGCUGCGGUGAAGAUAGCGAGACCUUGUGCUUCACCAAACACCGGCUUCCAGAACCAACUGCAGGAGUUUCAGACUGGAGAACUACAGCAGUUCAGAGAGUGGCUGAAGGAGGAGUACAAGGAAAACCCUUUUAAUGAUGAGGAGGACAUUCGCAAUUUGCUGACAAAAGCAUCGACGGAGGAGGACGCAGAGCUGCAGAACAACUAAGACACACACACACACACACACACACACACACACACACAUUCCUCUCUGCUGGUUAUGGCGAAGCACUGUUUAACUUAUCCACACUUUUUUUGUAAAUAAGACAUAUGCAAGGUUUUAAUGUUUACUACUGAAGCGAUGUUAAAGGGUCAGUUCACCCAGAAAUGAGCAUUCUGUCAUCGUUUACUCUCCCUUUCUUUCUUCGGUUGAACACCAAGAUGCUUUGAAGAAUGUUUGAAAACUGUAACCAUUGACUUUUUGUCUGCUAUGGAAGCCAAUGGUUACCGGUUUUCAGCUUGUUGUUCAAGAGAAUAGUUUAAGGGAGAGUAGAUCGAGAGUAACUUCAGAUUUUGGGGUGAGCUGGCUGUUUAAAGGGAGUUUUAGUUGUUCGGUAUUUACAGGUGUGUUAUUAUAAAAGGAUUUAUACUGACUGUUUGUAUUAAAUGUUCAUCGUUUAUUAAGCAGCAUGUUGUUUAAUUCAUCUUUGGAUGACAAAUAAUAUAUUUUUAAUGAAACCACAGAGAUAUUUCUGUUCUGCCGUUGAUUGUUAAUUCAGCUAAACUCACUACACACUCCAAAGCAUUUCUAAAUAAAUAAAGAUAUGUUUAUGAA